UAUGACUAGGGGCUCUCCUGCGUUCCCAAACCGCUUUUCAACAUUACCAAACAUUUCGGGAAAUGAGGGCAAUCAGUUGGCUCUUCCCACGUCGGGAGGUGGCGAGAGAAUCUCACAGCUUGAACAACGGCUGCAAAUUGCCGAAAAAUCUAAUAGAACUCUUCUAGAAGAAAUGGUUAGGAUUCGCGGAGAUAUGAAAGUCUUAGAGAGGAAAAGCGAUAAGAAAGUUACUGAUGAAGCACAAUCUAGAAGUGUUGUUGAAAAUUCUCUAAGAACUAGUCAAGAAACUGUAACAGAUUUGCAAAAACGUAUGAUUAGAUUCGAAGAGAGAGUCGAAGAUGAAAGAUCAGCCGUCUCAGCUCUAGUGCAACAUGUUAAAGCUAUCGAACAAAAUAUGUUGGGUAUGCAACAAGAACUUCUCAAUAGAAGAGGAGAAACAGGCAAUAAAUUAGGAGAACUCAGUAGUCAAUUAGCCGAAUCUGAAAGAGCAAACGCUCAAUUAGAAAAUGCAAUAUUUACUGUAAAUGAUCAAAUUCGUCAAAUUAAAUCAAAACAAGAUUCGCAGUUAAUGGAAUUAAAUAACUCUUUAAAUGAACUUAAAAAUAAAGCAAGGAAACUAGAAGAUGAUCAACACUUGACAAUGGACGGUUCUCGAAGACAGAACGAGAGUAGUACCCUUUUGGAACAAAGUCAAAGCCAGUUGAAAAUUCAGAUUGAAGCUCGUCUCGGCGAAUUGCGCGACGUUCUUCUAGAAAUGCGAACCAAAGUUGAUAUGGAAACGCAAGAGAGACAGCGAUUCGAGCAGCAAACUGCCCUAAGGCUAGCCGAUGUAAACGCCGCCGUUGUGGAGCAAGAUCGUAAAAGAGAUGACGCUGUAAACUCUAUUGAUAGACUUCAUAGGGAUAAGCAACAUCAUUCAGAUACUGAUAAGAUAAAAUUACAAGCAAAAGUUGUUGAAAUGGGGGAAGAAAUAACAAAAAAGUUAGGACAAAAAGAGAUUAGACUUAGGGAGGAAAUGCACGAAAAAUUCGCACAACUGCAAAAUAUUAUUGAAAGCGAAUUAGAGCGAAGGAUGGGUGUAGAAAGGGAUAUUAGAAAUGAUACUGACAGAAAAAUUGAUGAGAUUAAAAGACUAAAUGAUCAAGAAGUUCAAACAAUUAAGGAUCUCUUUAAAAAUGAUAAAUUAAAACAAAAAAAUGGUAUAAACGAACUUUAUCAAUCAAUAAAUCUUUUAGAAAAACAAUUGGAUGAACAAAAAAGACAAUUGGAUAAAGUUUUAACAGCCGAAAUUAAAUCAAGGAAGAAGAACGAAGAUAGAACAAAAGAGAAUGUCGACGCCUUAGAAAAUAAAUUACAAUUAGCUUUAGCGGCACUGCAAAAUUCCAUGUCAGGUUUAAACGCUCAAAUGAACGGUCAUUCUGAGAAGUUAAAGAAAGAGCUAAUGAGUAUUGCUGAAGAACUGAAAAAUUCAUCCUCAAGGGCCACUAUAGAUUUAGAAGUAAGAGUAACGUCGAUAACAUCAAGGCUUAGCAAAAUGGAAGAUGAUUUAGACAACAGAAUAACUAAUACCAGGGAAUUACAAGAGGCAAGCGCAAUGCAAGCUAAAAAUCUGAGGGAGAAAAUGGAAUCAAUGUGGAUAUGGCAGGAGGCCACUUCUGAGGCUAUGAAAGAAAUUAAAGAUCAAUCCAUUCAGCAAACAGAAGAUAUUCGAUUAGUCGAAGAGAGGUUUACUCUUAUGAGAUCCGAGAUUGAUUCUAAAGUUAAGGCCGAGGCUGAAAUACGUGAACAACAGAUUGAGGAAUUAAAGACUAAAGGUGAUAACGAUGAAACGAAACCUGAAGGCAGCAGUGAAGUUUCUAAGGAAGAAUUAGAAACUUGUCAAAAGGGAAUAAGGAAGUUAGCGGAAUCUAUUCAAACAGUGAAAACUGUUUUGGGUAUGAAAAUACAAAGUGAACAAAAACUGAGAGAAGGAGGCAUAACGCAGGUAAAAUCCGAUGUCACAUCGCUACAAGAAAAAGUAAAGGAAUUAGAAGAGAAGAAAGCGGAUAAGGAGGAGGAUGACGAUGAAGAAGAUGACGACGAUGACGAUGACGAAGACGAAAAUAAGGACAAAGACAAAGACAAAGAUAAAGAUAAAGAUAAAGAUAAAGAUAAAGACAAAGACAAAGACAAAGACAAAUAG